AUGGCUCCAGUUUCGAUGCCGAAUCGAGCCUUCACUGUUGGAUGGAUCUGCGCCCUGCCUACAGAACGAGCGGCAGCAAUGACCAUGUUGGACGAACUCUACCAUGAGCCCCAAGAACAGCAUCCAGCAGACACCAAUCAGUACGUAUUGGGACGAAUCAAGAAUCACUGCGUUGCCAUUGCUUGCCUUCCAGCUGGCGAGUACGGCCUUGCUCCAGCGGCCGCGGCUGCACAACAAAUGCUCUCGAGUUUCCCCACGAUCCGAUUCGGCCUGCUAGUUGGAAUCGGCGGUGGUAUACCAGGGCCCGAUAGAGAUAUUCGGCUUGGCGAUAUCAUCAUCAGCGAACCGCAGGGCCAGCUUGGCGGCGUUGUGCAGUACGACCGCGGGAAGACAUUCGCGCACCGGUUUGAAAGAACGGGGUUCUUGAACGCCCCGCCGAGAGUGCUGUUGAACGCUCUGAACGCUCUGAAGGCGAACCAUCUUCUAGGUCAAUAUCGCAUUCCCGAGUUUCUGCAGGAUAUAUCGAAGAACCGUCCUGCGGCCACGGCACAGUUUUUCGCACACCCGGGGCGCGAGAAUGACGUUCUAUAUGAGGUGACAGACGGAUCUUCGGAUGGUGAUGGAUCUGGCGAGGUCGAGCUGCCAGUGCAAAGGCCUGGCCGCCAUAACGACGACCCGGUUGUUCAUUACGGCCUCAUAGCAUCUGGCAACCAGGUAAUCAAGGAUUCGAGAACUCGGGACCGCAUGAAAAAGGAGCUGGGCAAUGUCCUGUGUUUUGAGAUGGAAGCAGCGGGUUUGAUGAACGCCUUCCCCUGCCUUGUCAUUCGGGGAGUCAGCGACUAUGCCGAUUAUCAUAAAAACGACCGCUGGCAUGGCUAUGCGGCUGCCACCGCUGCAGCUGCUGCCAAAGAAGUGCUCUACAGCGUCCGCGCUCAAGAGCUCGAAAGCACAGAUACCGCGUCGAAUGCUAUCGGUAAGCCCACUUCUUAA